GAUCGCUGGUGCAUCACCCAUGCGGACUUGAACUGCCUGCGGCAGGAGGUGUGGCAUGCCAUCCAAUGUGGAAGCAUCCGACCACCGGAAGAUGGCACCGACGAUUUCCUGGACGGUCAUGAGCAGUGCGGGCAGAUUGGCCCCAGCAUCUACACAGUCAACGCACAGCAUAUCAUGCCAGUAACAGAGCAGGCUGGCAAGAUGAGCUGGGCUUUGAUGCGACACCCGGAUGGCUUGGAUUGCCAUCUGUUCAUCAGCCACGCCUGGCAGGAAGGUGUCUUCGAAUUUCUGUCCAAGGUGCUGCACUCCUGGCCAAGGCAAGCUCGCCACGCCUGGUGCUGCAUGUUGGCCAAUCCACAAAACCUGGACAUCGCUGCAUUGCUGCAGUCUCCUCGGAGUUCACCGUUUGCACAGGCUAUUCGAGCCUCCACCUUCGUUCUCGCGGUGCCCAACCGCCGCAGCAGCAUUUACACGAGGCUCUGGUGUGCCUAUGAAGCCUACGAAGCACACGAGCUCGGCAAGUUUAUCCUCGUUGCCUCUGCGCCCGACGGCGGCCGAUUGUAUUCUGCUGUUGCCUGCACAACGCUGGCAGGACUGGCUGGUAUGUUCGUGGGAAUCACCCUGAAAAGCUGGCUGCAUCAUGGGCUGGUGGCGAUCGCCUUCUUUUGUGUAAUGGUAGUGUCAGCGUGUGCCAGCUCACUUCUCCAAGACACGAACUUCCGCGUUGCCGUGAAUCGGAUUGGAUCCUUCUCGGGCAGCCUUUUGGUAAUAUGCUGGCGAACCAUCCAUGGACAGCAGGACCUUCCCGGAAUUGCGGCCUAUGAACCAAGACUGCGGCAGCAUUUGUUUUUCCUGGCGGCGGCCGUCUUCUUUGGUGUGAUGGAGGUGGACAGGAUCCGAGGGGAGUCCAGAAAGCAGGAGGCAUUGCAUCUGCGGAGAGGCUUUGAAGGAUCCAUUUCUCAGGCCACGUGCUCGCAAGCGGAGGAUGCAGAGAAAAUCCGCAUUGCAAUCGGAAGCAGAACUCAUGCGGUGGACCACGCCAUUCAUGUGCUUCUGACAGCUGGCAUGUCCACACCGACUCUCAGAGAUAUGGAUCGGGCUGGCAUCAGUAUUGAAGGGGCAGGUGGCGCCGAGGUUGCACUACCUUUUCUAUUUCUGGCGGUCUUCCACUUCCUUUCUCUUGUGCAGCUGGUCCUGGACAUUACUUUCUUGCACUGUGUUUGGCAGUAUUGGCUUUGGCCAGGCAUACCUGUCGGUAUCAGAAGUCUGGUAAUUUUGAUGAUCUGGUGGAGUCCAGCUGAUGAGAGGUGCUUCGCAUUCAAGAUGAUUGCCAAAGUAGUCUCCGGAUACAUCCUGAUAGCUUGCCCGCUGCUCGUUUACUGGGAGUGGAACCAUGACGACAUUACGGAGCAGGCUGCAUACACCUG